AUGGAAGAUUUGUCUACUUUAUCUGGACAAGAUGAGAGCAGUGCACUUAUACAAAGGAUUGUCACAAUAUUUCGGGACCAACAAAAUAGCUAUGGUUUUACUGUUAGUGGGGACAAUCCUGUAUUUGUUCAAUCAGUGCGAGAAGGUGGUCCAGCGUAUAAUGCCGGUAUUCAACGUGGAGAUAGAAUUGUUAAGGUCAAUAAGAAAUUAGUCACUCAUGCACAUCACCAAGAUGUUGUUCAAAUGAUUAAAGGUGUUGAAAGCGUGACUCUAACACUAUUUGGCAAGCCUUCAGCGAAUCCAAUCGUAGAUCUUGGAUUAGUCCGUCCCCAGCCUCCCAGCGUACCGCAGUUUGACUGUAAAGAUGACUCUAUACCGGAACAAAUUGCCAAACUUGAAAGCAUGCUUGUGAACGAUGAACGAUAUCUUACGGAAAUGCAACGAGAAUACGAUAAAACUCAAUCUCGUGAUCUACGGCCAUUGCUUCACGAUCUAUUAGGAAGAAAAACUGCUUUAGAAAAACGGUUAAAAUCGCUGAGAGCCUCAUUAAAUCAAGAAAAAACCACUACAGAGACUCAAGCUGAUGCUACUUCCACAGAAAAGAGAGUAAGUAGUGAAGAUGUAUCAUCAACUACAACGAAAUUAAAGACGGAAGAAGCAAGUCCAAAUAGUAAUCAUGUAGCUCAUCAAAUUUCUGAGCCGACAGUUAAUCCAUCACGUCUGACACCUCCCGACAGUCCUAAAGUACCACCUGCGUAUGGCACUGCGAAUGGUACUGGCAAGCAAACCUAUUUAAACAUAAUAACUGCUGAAGAUGACGAAUUUGACACCGAUUCUGAUGAGCCUGUGGAAGAUAUUGGUCCAUUCUGUGAUUUCAAUGUUUUAAGAACUAAGCCGGCACAUAUUGCGGUCUUUCUGCAUUAUUUAAUUUCCAAUAGUGACCCUAAUAGCUUGCUAUUUUAUCUCGUAUCAGAAGUAUACGAGAAUAAAUCUGGUCAUUAUAAAGACGUUAAAAAGUGGAUUAGUGAAAUUUGUACCGCAUUUCUUACUCCAACCGCUCCUCUGCAAAUUCCAAUCAAAGAUGGAAUUGCUCAAAGUAUCGAUGAUACGUUAAAAAAUAAAAACAUCAGCGAUGAAGGAUUGCGUACUAUAUUCUCUCCAGCACGGCAAAUCGCGACAGAUCACAUUAAAGAGCAGCUACUGGAUUUUAGACAAAAACGAACAUUAGGGCUUGGAAGUUUAUUUGGUGAUUCCGAACUUAAAAAUGUUACUUUGGACUGGACUAGGAAAGAGAUUGAUUCGACACCGCAAAUUUCGCAAAGAGAACAAGAUAGGAAUAUGGCUAUAGCAAGUUCAAUUGUCACCUUCAUGAAGUUUGUUGGCGUCCGAGCAUCGUCACCUUCGAGCCCAUUGGAGAAAUGUCAUAUGUUCGCUCAAAAAGAAAGUAAAUUUAAGAUAAAAACUUUACCGAAAUUAUCUAAGAAGAUCCAAGUUAAAGGCCAUCAGUUAUGUCUUACAGCGUUUGCAAAUACUACCUUUUGUGCUAACUGUAAGACUGUGAUUUGGGGUAUCAGUUCAAACGGAUAUCAAUGCCAACUUUGCCAUUGCAACUUUCACAAAGGACCAUGCCUAGAGAGUUUAAUUAUAGCAUGUGAAGGACCUCGGACUAAACGUAAAUUUGAUCAUUCUCGGGCUCCUAAUAUAGGCAAACGCGCAAGUCGAGAAGAUCACUAUGGAAUACCCGAAAUAGGUAAAAAUCUUGCUGAAGGUAGAAAAUUGGAUCUUUUAGCUGAAAACUCUGUUGGCGGUAAUAAUAUUAUCAUUGAAGACGAGGAGUACACAGGGGAAAACGAUGAUACAACGGAAGGCUUAUCUGUAGAUACUUUACAUACUAACAAUUCUGGAAACUUGGCUGCUCCUGUCAAUACACACUCAAGAUUUGGUACCAUCAGCGAAGGAAUGGAAGCAAGGGAUUUGUCUAGCUUGAGCUUUAGAGAGGAUUCAGACUGGUCGAUGUCAUCCGUCGACGUCCUCUCUGAAAAAUCAGAGAUACUAGAAUACGUUGAAGUGUCAAGCGACGAUGAUAAUGAAUCCGAUUUGGAUGUAAAAGCUGAAACUCCAAGUUGGCAAGACACUGUCAACAGAUCGACUAUUGCAAAGCUUAGUCAAAAUAAGAAAGAAGUUAAAAGACAAGCUGUGAUUAAUGAAUCACUAUUAAGGAAAAUGAAGGAACGACGAGCGAAAUCUGAAAUUGUGGAAUUUAUAGGCGAUGUGAUGCUGGAUUCGUUUGAUAAAAGUCCUGGUGAUACCAUGAAAGAAGCUUGUGCUAAAUUUUGUAGCAAUCAAUCUACUGCUUUAGAAAAAUUGAAGGUGAUGCAGAGGAAAGAUCAAAAUAUUCUAUCUUUCGUUAGUGAAUGUGAAAAUCACCCAUUGUGUCGUCGUUUACGUUUGCAAGAUUUAAUUUCAACCGGAUAUAGGCGGUUGACGAAAUAUCCGUUAUUACUAGAACAAGUUGCUAAGUACACCGCAGGUGAUAAACCAGAUUAUAAAAACGUGCUGAAAGCAAUUGAAUGUACAAAGGAAACGUUAGCAUUUGUGAAUCAAAGUAUUAAGGAUACGGAACAGGCUCAAAAAUUAUUGGAUAUACAUAAAAAAUUAGAUCGCCGAUCACUCGAUCAUUCAAACAAUCCUGCUAUAGCUGAAUUUAAGGGCUUUGAUCUAACGCACCAUACGCUACUGCACGAUGGUAAUCUAACCUGGAAAAUUACUAGCAAAAAGCCAAUCGAAUUAAAGGUAUUACUUUUGGAAGAAUACCUAGUCCUACUCCAAAAGCAAGAUGAGAAGUACUGUCUAAAAUGUGAAAAUGUUCAAUCCGGACAAAACAGAGACGAUAGCAGGACUUUUCCCCCGCGCGAAAGUACCAGAAGCCCGAUAAUCAAGCUUGGCAAUGUUAUUGCUCGAGGAAAUGCUGCUGAGAAGACUGGUUUCUUUCUAGUCAAUACAUCACCAGUUGGUCCCCAAAUUUAUGAGUUAAUUGCUGCUACGAAAAAUGAUAGAAAUAUAUGGCUUGAGCAGAUAAGUAAAACGAAAACUGAAAUGGAGGCAAGACGAGGGAGAUCUCGACGUCCUGGAUUGCUUGCUACUAGGACAAGUUUGACUACCGAGCUGGAAAAAAAUGAGGAUGAUUCGUCUCCUAUCAGUGAAACGAAACCGGAUAUUAAAAGCGAAUUUUCGAUAAACAGCACCGAUGACGUUAAGAAAUCUACAAACUCUGACGAUGAAAAUUUAUCUUUAAGUGGUGAUGAAGCUACUGAACCGGAGCAAAAUGCGAAAUUAAGCGAAAUAUCUGAUAAAGAAAUCAAUUUAAGUGUAACAGAUACUAAUAGUUUAACGGAUUCAAUAAACAAUUCUACUGUUACCACAGAUGACCACAUCUCUAACAAGGAUAAUUUUACAAACGUCCAGAUUAUAGAAAAAAUCAAGGAAAAAGAUCGGCAAAUUACGGCGUUGAUGAGAGAUAGAUCGAAACUCUUGAAUGAACUCAAAGGCCUAUCUCCUGCAAUACCGACUGUAACUGAUAAUGAUAUCCCCGUAGAGUGUAACAAAACUAAUAUUUGGAAAAGCAUUGCGGUUCGAGACUUAGUGAUUGAUGCAAAAUCCAACGCUGGACAAUUGAGAAGUUUAACCAGUGAAUUAAUAAGGCUUAAUAUAGAUAAUUUAAACUCAGAUGGGGCAUAUAGUGAAAAAUUUUUAGAAGAUCGGCAGUCUUCUUUGCAGGAAAAUGUCAUUUCAAUUUCGUCUGCAAUUGAUAAUAAGCUGACACGAUUAUUGGAAAUAGUUCAAACUCCAAGUACAAUUGUUGAAAGAGAGGAUGAACCCUGUAAUGAUGUAAAACGUAGUAAUAGUGGUGGUCAUGUGUCUGAACUAAGAAAGCAAUUUGAAAGUCAAAGAUCACCAGUAUUACAUAAUUCUUCAAAAGCCGAUAUUCCAUUUUUGCAACAACGUGCGCGAUUAAAUAAGCAAGAUAGAUCUGAUCAUGUAAACAGUAACGAAACAUUUACGAUGCCGAUAGCUACAGAUCGUCAAACUCCUGAUGUGGAAAAUAAUGACAACUUUACCAUUGGAUCUCCUGAUAGUGAAGGCGUAUUCACUAUCUAG